AUGCCGUGGAUAAAAUGCAAUAAUCUGAUUGUUGCCUGGUUGCUUGAAUCUUUAACACCAUUAAUUGCUUCCAUUGUUUUCUAUAUGAGUAAUGUGGCUCAAAUCUGGGAAACCCUAAAAUGUAGGUUUUCAUUGCCAGAUGGUGUUAGAAUUUGUAAUUUGCAGCACACACUUAAUGGCAUUACUCAAGGAAGUAGAUCAGUUGAUCUGUAUUUUAUUGAGUUGAAUUCUGUUUGGGAAGAGUUGCGUAGUGUUCGCCCCCUACCUAAGUGUACUUGUGGAGGUUUUCAGGAAUUUGUUGAUCAGAUGGCUAAGGAUAAUAUCUUUCGAUUCUUAAAUGGAUUGAAUGAUAGCUUUUCUGCUCUAAGAUCACAAAUUAUAAUGAUGAAGCCUUUUCCAUCUUUGGAUAAGGCAUAUAAUCUUGUUUUAAAGGAAGAAAAUCAGAGGAAUUUCCAUGUCACGGUUCAACCAUUAAGUGAGACUGCUGCUAUGUCAGUAGUUGCUAGUGAAAAAUCAAAGGGAAAAUCUGAUUUCUUAUGCUCACAUUGUGGAAAGAAGGGGCACUUAAAGGAGAAGUGUUAUCGACUGAUUGGAUUUCCUGCAGAUGUUAAGUUCAACAAGAACAAAUCUAAUGGUAAUAAUAAAAGGAGUCAAUAUUAUUCUGCCAACAAUGUGACUUCUGUGGCCAAGUCUGAUGAAGCUGAAUAUGAGGGUAUCAACGGUUUAAUGUCUCAAAUCAGCCUUUCUAAGGAUCAAAUUCAUAAGCUGCUGUCUCUCAUCAAUGAACAACCAUCAAUCAAUCAAUAUGAUACUCCUACAACAUCCAGUCAGCAAAGUAAGACUGCUUUGGUAAAUUCAACCGUGGCAGUUGCUUCAAUGAGUUCAUUUCUGAAUAGUGAUGCCUGGAUACUUGAUACUAGUGUUACUGAUCAUAUAGCUUGUAAUCUUAAAAAUUUUACUGCAUAUAGGAAAGUUCAUGAUGUUUUUGUUCAAUUGCCAAACAAAAUGAAUGUCUUGCAACAUCAAUCAACUUCACGUUCUGUUUCUGAUUUGUCUUCUUCACAUGAUGCUUCUUUACCUACCCACCUUUUAGUUGUUCCAGAUACACAUUUUGUUGAUAUUCCUUCUCAACCAAUAUCUGACAAUAGUUCUGUUCCUGUUGCUGAUAAUUCUUUUGAUUCUGUUGUUGAUACUUCUGCUUCUAUUUUCAAAAUGGAUUUGCAUGAUUUAAAUGCUAAUUUGCCUGAGUUGAGUGAACCUACAAUUCUACCUGCUGAAGAACCACAUCUACAUAAUUCACCAUCUAAUAUUAGAAAAAGUACUAGACAAAGACACCCACCAAAAUACCUUGAGGCUUAUCAUUGUACCUUUCCUACACAAGCCAAUUUUGUUACCAAAUAUCCCAUCACCAAAUAUUUGUCUAGUAAUCAACUCUCACCCGAUCAUAAAGUUUUUACAGUAGCUUUGUCUCAUAUACUUGAACCCACCUAUUAUCAUCAAGCUGUAAAACAUGUUCAAUGGAGGGAGGCUAUGCAAUCUGAAUUAGAUGCUUUAGAGGCAAAUGGGACAUGGACAGUGGUACCUUUACCUCCUAAUUCUCAUGCUAUUGGAUGUAAAUGGGUCUACAAGGUUAAGCUAAAUGCUGAUGACUCUGCUGAGUGA